CACAUUGAAAAAGCCAAAACAACUAAAACAAAUCCCAAACAGCGUAAAGUUGCAUGUAUGCCCAUCACGCACCUAAGCCCCCCACCCUCUUUCUCUCCCAACUUCACCACGCCAUUGAAGCAACCAGAUUCAAGCAAAAAACCAAUCUUCCCAUUUACAAAAAACCCUAAUCCCAUGCGAUUUCAAACACAAACUACCGAAAUCAAACAUCUUCUAAUCCUAAUUCGGCAAUGAAUUUACCGUAAUUCACCAAAAAAACCCACACUCACCGGCACUUUUUCAAGAAAAAAUAGCAGAGCGAGAGACCGCGUGGUUUUUUUUUUUGGUUGUGAACAGAAAAUGCCAAGCGUAGCUGUGAAACUAUACAGCGUGUUCUUUAAGUUCCUCUUGAAGCAUCGGUUGCAGAAUCGGAUCCAAUCCCCGCCCGACGAAUCCAACCCGUUCGGCGUUACAUCCCGACCCGAAGAAACCGUCGCCGCUGCCAACCCUUCUUUUACAGACGGUGUCGCCACGAAAGAUAUCCAUAUUGAUCCUUUCACUUCUUUAACUAUUCGGAUCUUCCUUCCGGACUCGGCUCUCAACCCGCCCGAACCCGAUUCGAGAAGUAACAACCAUAAUUAUCCUCCUAGACCUAAAUUCCGAUCCAAUCAUACUAAAGGAGCCGAUCCGGAUCAAGGAGUCGGAUCCAAUCGCACUUUUCGCCGUAAUAGCUAUGGUCCUCCGAACGUUACUUUGAGCCCUAGCGAAGAGCCUAGAAGGAAUAGCUACGGUUCCUCCAAUGACAUGGAAGGUUUGAAUUUGAUGUCGACCUCCGCCGCCGCCGCUGGAGGUGCUUACAGAGGCUACUCUCCGUCGCCGGAUAAUCGCCGGAAACUUCCGGUUAUGUUGCAAUUUCACGGCGGAGGGUGGGUCAGCGGGAGUAACGAUUCGGCCGCGAACGAUUUGUUCUGCCGGAGGAUCGCGAAGCAAUGCGACGUCAUCGUCGUGGCGGUUGGAUACAGGCUCGCGCCGGAGAAUCGGUAUCCGGCGGCUUUUGAGGACGGUUUGAAGGUGUUGAAUUGGUUGGGGAAGCAGGCGAAUUUGGCCGAGUGUAGUAAGUCGAUGGGGAACGCGAGAGGCGGCGGAGGUGGCGGUGGUGGCGGCAACAACGAGUUUAAGAAGUCACAUAUCGUGGACACAUUCGGGGCUUCGAUGGUGGAGCCGUGGUUGGCGGCGCACGGAGAUCCAUCAAGAUGUGUUCUACUUGGAGUGAGCUGUGGUGCAAAUAUUGCAGACUAUGUAGCUCGAAAAGCUGUUGAGGCAGGCAAGCUGCUGGAUCCCGUCAAAGUUGUGGCACAGGUCCUGAUGUACCCAUUCUUCAUUGGAAGUGUCCCUACACAUUCUGAGCUAAAGUUGGCAAACUCCUACUUCUAUGACAAGUCUAUGUGCAUAUUUGCUUGGAAACUAUUCUUACCCGAGGAAGAGUUCAGUCUGGACCACCCAGCUGCCAACCCCCUUAUCUCAGAUCGGGGGCCUCCUUUAAAACUCAUGCCCCCGACAUUGACAGUGGUGGCAGAACAUGAUUGGAUGAGAGAUCGGGCCAUUGCUUACUCAGAGGAGCUACGGAAGGUUAAUGUAGAUGCUCCUGUUCUUGAUUAUAAAGAUGCAGUUCAUGAAUUUGCAACCCUUGACAUGCUUCUAAAGACCCCACAGGCUCAGGCCUGUGCAGAGGAUAUUGCCAUCUGGGUCAAGAAAUUCAUCUCACUUCGAGGUCAUGAAUUUUCUUAUUAAGUAGGAUACAAAAAAUCGGGUGACAUUGCAACAGGAUAAUCAUUUCUCUUUGUUUUCCAUUAGAAGAUGAGCAAGAGUCAAUACUUCACUGCCAUUGCCUGGGGAUUAAGAUAUGUUCACUUAGUAUAUCUGGUUCAUCAAGCUGUUGGGGGGCUUGUCAGUUCCAUAUUUAUUCAUUGUCCUGUUUUGUUCUUUUUGUAAGAUAGAGAACCUGAGAGUAGGAUUUAGUUGAGCCUGUGAGAUGCAUUUACCUUUGUUCGAGUAAUGAGAGCUAUAUUUGGACCUUCUUAUCAAAAUUUUUCUGUGUAUUCUGAUGUACUAUCACUCUUCCGUAGAGUUCUAUUCAAUGAAAUUCUGUCUCUCUUGCUGUGGGUUGGAACCAUCACUGGAUGGAACCCAUUUUA